UUGUGCACUCAUUGGCGUGCGUUGUACUCAAGAAUUGAUCCUGCUAUCAUUAUCUGAUCUACGAAACCAGGCGUUCCGAGUUCCAUCAUGGGCAAAACGGCCUACACAAUAAAUGGCUCCACCAACGGGCGGGACGAGAAAAAGGUGCGAACUGACGACAAGAUGGCAACACGGCUCGACGGUAACGAUAAGCAGCAGCAGCAGCAGCAGCAACAGGAAGUGAGCGCGUUCCGCCGCAUCCUGCCACAGAUACUGGCCAGUACGGCAAAAAAUUUCCUCCUGCUUGAUCUCGGCAUGGCGGUCGCCUUCCCGACGAUCGUCAUUCCCGCCCUGCGGGGCAUAAAAAAUCGCGCCCCGGACGAGUUUCUCCACUUUACACCCCAGCAAGCGUCCUGGUUUGGAAGCAUUGCCUACAUCUGCCAACCGGUGGGAAGCGUUCUGUCCGGAAUCAUUCUCGAGCCGCUCGGGCGCAAGCGAUCGAUGAUUCUGGUCAACAUUCCGCACAUUAUUGGCUGGUUUAUGUUGCACUUUGCUGGGUCGCUGGAGGAAAUGUACACGGCGGCCAUACUGCUCGGACUGGGCGUCGGCUUCAUGGAAGCGCCGAUCGUGACCUACGUUGGGGAAAUUUGUCAACCAUCGAUCCGCGGCAUUCUGACGUCCUGUGCCGGUGUGGCCGUGAUGUUGGGCUUCUUCAUGGUGUAUUUGCUGGGGACGGUAACCACCUGGCGUACGACGGCGGCCAUUUGUGGUGUCAUUCCGAUCGCCACGAUGAUUGCGAUCUGCUUUGUGCCCGAGACGCCGAUGUGGCUGCUGUCCAAGAACCGGGCGGACGAUGCACUCAAGUCGCUCCAGUGGCUGCGUGGCUGGGUGUCCCCGAAGGCCGUCGAGCAGGAGUUCCAGGAGAUGAAGCGCUACAGCCUGCAUUCGGCAAAGUGUGCCAUCUGCGAGAAGAGCGGUUCGACGACCACCUGCCAGCAUCCUCCGCUAACCGAGUGGACCAAGCUGAAGGAACUGACGAGGAAGCGUAACCUGCGCCCGUUCGUGCUGGUGAUGCUGUUCUUCGUGUUCGGUCAGCUCAGCGGGCUGACGGGGAUGCGACCGUAUUUGGUGCAAAUCUUCCAGGCGUACGGUGUGCCGCUGGACGCGAACUGGGCCACCGUGUCGACGGGACUGCUCGGGCUGAUCGCUAACAUCGUGUGCAUGGUGAGCAUCAAGUUUGUGGGAAAACGGCGGCUCGCCAUUACGUCGAUGGCGGUCACAGCGCUGUCGUGCAUUUCGCUGUCCAUCUACGCUUUCAACACGUUCCCGCCCGGUUGGACGUCGUUCGAUAACCAUCCCGGUACGAGCCACGUCACAUCGAUGGGCUACAUUCCGAUGGUGCUGUUCUUCAUGCUGGCGUUCUUCACCAGCGUUGGCGUGCUGCCCGUGCCCUGGAUUUUGCUCAGCGAAGUGUUUCCCUUCAGAAAUCGCAGCCUGGCGUGCGGUAUUACGGCUGCCCUGCACUACGUCAUGUCGUUUGUGACGACCAAAACGUACUUCAAUCUGGAGAGUGCGCUCUCGCUGCCCGGUGUCAUCCUGUUCUACGGCGUGAUGGGCAUGGUCGGGCUCGCGUUCGUGUACUUCUUCCUGCCGGAAACGGAAAAGCGCACGCUGGAGGACAUCGAGCUGUACUUCUCCGACAAUAAGCGCAAGCUGACCGACAUCUACAUUCCGCGACGAAACCGGGACGAGGAAAUGGUGGCCGUCGUGUCCAAGCUGGCCGAGAAAGCGAUGGAAAAGCAGGGCAUCGACAACGCCGUCUUUACGGAGGGCGAUAAAUAACCGUAAAACCCGUAUCUAAUUCCUGCAUUGCUGUAUAGUUGUGUAAGCUUAAUUUUAUUUCUUAGACGAUCGUUAAGACCGCUACCGCGAAACCAGACUGGACCGUGCGGAG